UGACAAAUGUACAAUUUUCCAAAUGAAUUACAACAGCUGGCGGCGUUGCGCAGACCUUUUCAGCUCGACGUAUAAAAGACAAUGGCUUAGUAGAUUGCAGUUUAGUAGCAGCUGUAAAACCUAUUACGAUACUAACGGUAUUUACAACGCCACCAAAGCUCUCGGCUGUUUUAUAAAUAACGGAAGCUCAGAAUUUUUUUCAAAUUCCAAAUAAGUGCAUCUUGUGGUUGUAUUGUAUUCUAAGUGUUUGUAGGACUGCGCUGCAAUGCAUUUCUUCGAGUUGCUUAAACUUUGUCAGAGGUUGCUAUUCUUCUUGCCACUGACAACUGCCAAUAAUCCAGAAACACCUAAAACUUCAUUGCGCGCAAAUUCUUUCACCUAUGACAACCCCGCAGAAUGGCAUUUGGAGUAUCCGCAAUGUGGUGGCCAAAAGCAAUCGCCAAUUGCAAUUAACUCAAAUAAGACAGUGAACGUCGAUAUUCCAGCGAUCGUAUUCGGAUCAUAUGACGUGUUUUUUUCCAACUUUGUUGUUUUAGAGAACAAUGGACAUACAAUCAAAUUCAAUGUACCACCAACAAUUGAGCGCGUCCCACCAUGCAUUACAAAUGGACCACUUAAAGACAUCUACGAAGCCGUCGAGGUACACUUCCAUUGGGGUUCACCAUUGACUAAGGGUUCCGAACAUCAACUCAAUGGGAAACGUUAUGACGUCGAAAUGCAUAUAGUACACAAAAAUUCCAAAUACAGCACUGUGGAAGAGGCGCGCGAGUUCGAGGAUGGUCUGUCGGUGAUAGGCGCUUUCUUUAAAGUAGAGAAGACUAUUGCCAAUAUUUUCUACCCUGGUCUGAGCACAGUCUUCAACACAGUGCCGUAUGUGCUUCGUUAUAAUUCGACGGCAUCUACGCAACAAUUGAUUACACUCGGCUCAUUGCUGGCUAAUAUUAAUCGUGAGAACUUUUACACUUAUCAGGGUUCACUGACAACACCGCCUUGUUCCGAAGCGGUCACAUGGAUUGUUUACCCGGAAGUCAUACCAAUAUCUGUACUUCAUCUGAAAAACUUUUGGUUUGUACGCGAUGAGGAGGGGCGGAAGUUACUAAACAACUAUAGACCUCUGCAACCGAUUGGUUCACGUGAAGUCUACUAUCGAUCCGAUAUGGGUGUAUUGAAUUAUUACUUUUAGAUUUGGAUUUUCGGAUGGAUUUCCAGAAAAAGCAUGAAACUAAAUGAAUGACACUAGAGACUUAAUAUUAGAAAAAGUUAGUUACACAAUUCAUAUUUAGUUUUUUACUUUUCGAAAGCCUUAAAUUAUUUAAUAUUUUUUAUAUUGUUAUAUUGUUAUGUAAUUUUGUUAACACUAGUAAUAAAGCAGUAAUAUGUAAAAAUAAA